AUGACCUCUGUGUGGGCAGCAGCCACAGGUCUGGGAAACCAUCACAUCACCAACAAUGUAGCGGUUUUUGUGGGUCUACAGAGGAUGUUGGCGCACGCGUGGGAAAAGGAAUGGACCAAAUUGCACGUGGUUGGAGAAAGUGCUCUGGUGCUGGGCAUGAUGUCGCAGCGGAGAAGGCCGAAAGCCACCACGUUGGUACACUGGUACCAAAUCACACGCCGACUGGCUGAUCUGUGCGAAGUAGUGAGUUGGACUCAUCAUUACCGGAGGCACAAUAAGGCGGCAGGUUGGUUAGCAAAUUUGGCAAUAGAUCGGGGAUGA